UCUAUCUCUCUCUCUCCUCUAGAGCGGCUGCAGCUCCCCCGCUCCUCCACUCCCUCUCCCUCCAUCUCUCCAAGUGCUGGCGGAAUACAGUGAGCUCAAACAAAGAAAGAUUGAUAGAACAAGGGAAGAGAGGAGCUUACGAGUGAACAAUAAGGGAGAAUAGAGAGAGAGAGAGAGAGAGAGAGAGAGAGAGAGAGACGAUCGCAGCAUUUGAGGCUUCAGGAGAGAGGAGGCAGACAGACAGAGUGUGUGAGAGAGUCGCCAUUCCAAACAUGGUUUUUGAGGGAGAUCACUAUCACUGAAAACAACAUAAGGGACAUUUCAGCCGAAACCCAGGAACGCAGGAGGAGAGAGAGCUUCAGACACCGCUAACCCCACCCUCACUCAGCUAAUCUCAGAUGGAGGUGGAUGCAGCUGAGAAGCGCCAUCGAACACGUUCCAAAGGUGUGAGAGUUGCCGUGGAGACUGCAGCACAGGAGCUGUUCAGCUGUCCCACACCGGGGUGUGACGGGAGCGGACACGUGAGGGGCAAAUAUGCCAGGCACAGGAGUGUUUACGGAUGCCCUCUGGCUAAGAAGAGGAAAGGCCAGGAGAAACCUCCGCAGGAGCCAGCUACUAAACGACGGCCGUUUUUAACCAUGGCUGAUGGAGAACCGGUGAUAUACGACAACUACGAAGCUAUGGAAGAGAGCGAGGAGAGAGAACAGGACGAGUUGGACGAAGACGUGGAAGAAGAGGAGGAGGAAGGCGAAGACGGAGACGACGAAGAAGAGGAGUGCUCUGAGGACAAUGACGAGGCCGGUGAGGAGGAAGACGAGGAAGACGAGGAGGAGGAAGAUGAAGGAGAGCCUGAAAGGGAGGAGGGAGACGAGGUAGAGCAGAUGGAGGAAGAGGUGGAGGAAGAUGAGGAGGCGGUGGAACAGGAUGGAGAUGAUGAACAAGAGGAGGAGGGAGAACAGGAUGAGGAAGAGGAGGAAUACGAAGAGCAGGCUCAUCACCAAGAGAAUAGUUAUUCCAGUUGUGGACAAUCAAAGCCCAGCCAGAUGUUUGAGAAAGACAACAACAACAAUAACAACCCAACCAGUGAAGAAUAUGAGAACUAUGAUGAGCUUGUAGCCAAGUCCCUGCUGAACCUGGGCAAAAUAGCGGAGGACGCCGCGUACCAGGCUAUGACGGAGUCCGAGAUGAACAGCAGCUCGUCCAACAGUGCCGGUGAGGACGACGACGAGGAUGAGGAGGAUGGUCACGAGCACGGAGGACGGAAGGGUGAGUUAAGUGUGGACCUGGACAGUGACGUGGUACGGGAGACAGUGGACUCACUGAAGCUGCUGGCACAGGGUCACGGAGCUGUGCUGCCAGACGAUGGCUACCCUGAGUCUGGUCCUGGCCAGGAACACCAUAACGGCCAGCCCGAAGAGAGCGAGGAAGGCGUGUGCCUUAGCAGUCUGGAAUGUCUGAGGAACCAAUGCUUCGAUCUGGCACGCAAGCUAAGCGAAACGCAGCCGCUCGAGCAGACUAUGUUGCAGCACCAGGCUGAGCAGCAGCACCUACACCUCCAGAUGCACCACCACCUGUCUCGCUAUGAGAGUUGCCAUCAAGCCCAAAUGGAGCCUCAGAGACCAAUGGAAAGGAGCUACUCAGACAUGGUGAACCUGAUGAAGCUCGAAGAGCAGCUCAGCCCAGCGUCCAGGGGUUACCCCUCAAGCUGCGCCCAAGAAGGGGAUGAAGACACAACAUCUGUGGCGUCAGAGCAUUCAGACGAGGCCUUUGACAUCACCAAGGGUAACCUGUCCCUGCUGGAGAAGGCCAUCGCUUUGGAAUCAGAGCGUGCCAAGGUCAUGCGUGAUAGGAUGGCGUCGGAGCAGGCAGUGGCUCGGAGGGAUCAUCAGCGGCUACAUGGGGAGCACAGCCCCAGGCAGAGUAGUGGAGCUGAGGAGCGUAAAGCCCGACUACACCAUGAUGGGGCAAGAAGAGCCUAUUACCCUAAAGAUCCUUCAAGAGGUGAGAAAAAAGAGAGCAAGUGCCCCACCCCAGGGUGUGACGGCACGGGCCACGUCACAGGCCUGUACCCACACCACAGAAGUCUGUCCGGCUGCCCUCACAAAGACCGCGUACCACCAGAAAUUCUUGCAAUGCAUGAGAAUGUUCUAAAGUGCCCGACGCCUGGCUGCUCGGGACGCGGCCACGUUAAUAGCAACAGGAACUCGCACCGCAGUCUCUCAGGAUGUCCUAUAGCAGCCGCUGAGAAGAUUGCAAAAGUUCAGGAGAAGCAUCAAUCGAGUGACGGAACCAAGUCCAAUCAGGCAUCUGACCGCGUGCUGAGGCCUAUGUGCUUUGUGAAACAGUUGGAGAUCCCACAGUAUGGUUACAAAAAUAACGUCUCCACCAGCACGCCUCGCUCCAAUCUAGCCAAGGAGCUGGAGAAGUACUCCAAGACCAGCUUCGACUAUGGAGGCGGCUACGACGGCCAGCCUCACGCCUACAGCAAGCGUUCGCUUACACAGAAGGGCCACGGACGAGACACUUCACCAAGAGGAUACGAUGACUCAUUUGCUCUCAGCAUUCAUCAUGGAACAUCAGACCAUCCACUAAGCGAGUCUUCCAAGCGGUACUGUAAGACCUCGAGUCCGGCCAGCAGUACAACAAGCAGCUAUGCUCCCAGCAGCAGCGGCAGUAGUCUGAGUUGUGGGGGAGGAAGAGGAGGGAGAGGAGGAGGAGGAGGAGGAGGAGGAGGAAGCAGCGCCAGCAGCACCUGCAGCAAGAGCAGCUUUGACUACACGCACGACAUGGAGGCCGCUCACAUGGCCGCCACGGCCAUCCUCAACCUGUCCACACGCUGCCGAGAGAUGCCCCAGAGCCUGAGCGCUAAAGGCCCCGAGCUCCUCGCACAGAGUCCAGAGGAGCAGGACGUGGAGGAGAACGGGACUCUGGACCUGAGCGUGGGUCGUGCAGGGGGCAUGGGUGAGGGCACGGUGCUCACGCCGCUGCAGCCCAUGUCCCCCCAGCGGCAAGCACUGCUCAAUAGCCGCUGCUACCAGAUGGGCCCAGACUGCUGGGACCUGCCAGUGGACUACACCAAGAUUAAGAGCCUGGACGAGGACCAUAAAGAGGAUGAGUUGGACCCUUUCCAGGAGUUGCUGGAGAAUCAGCAGUACCCGGGUGAGGUGUCCCUCCCCAGCCCUAAACACAAAUAUGCCCCCUGCAAAGAAAGCAAGAAAGAACUCCUCACACUCUCUAGCUGCCAGUUAGCUGAUAAAGGAAUGCGUAGUAUGAUGACAGCAAACUCACAGGAUUUAAAGUGUCCUACUCCAGGUUGUGAUGGCUCCGGGCACAUUACAGGCAACUAUGCCUCACACAGGAGUCUGUCAGGUUGUCCCAGAGCGAAGAAGAGUGGAAUUAAAAUAAUUCAUAACAAGGAAGACAAGGAUGAUCAGGAGCCAAUUAAGUGUCCUGUACCUGGGUGUGACGGUCAGGGUCAUGUGACAGGGAAGUACGCGUCUCAUCGCAGUGCAUCCGGCUGCCCACUGGCUGCCAAGCGUCAGAAGGAUGGUUUUGUGAACGGAGCUCCAUUUCCAUGGAAGUCUGGAAAAACUGAUGGUAUGACAUGCCCCACACCUGGAUGUGAUGGCUCAGGCCAUGUCAGUGGCAGCUUUCUCACCCACCGGAGUCUCUCUGGCUGUCCCCGUGCCACUUCAGCCAUGAAGAAAGCACGAAUGACUGGCGUCGAAAUGCUUACAAUCAAGCAGCGUGCAAGCAAAGGAAUAGAGAACGAUGAGGAAAUCAAACAGCUGGAUGAAGAAAUCAAAGAUCUUAAUGAAUCGAACAAUCAAGUGGAGUCAGAUAUGAUUAAACUUAGGACACAAAUCACCACCAUGGAGACCAACCUGAAGUCCAUGGAGGAGGAGAACAAGGCCAUUGAGCAGCAGAAUGACUCACUGCUGCAUGAGCUGGCUAACCUCAGCCAGUCGCUCAUCAACAGCUUGGCCAACAUCCAGCUCCCUCAUAUGAAACCGGUGCCACUGAAAGAGGCCCCUGUUAAAAAUUACUGCUGUUUACAGAUGCCCCACAGAGAGCCGAUGAACGAGCAAAAUUUUGACAGUUACGUGAGCACUUUGACAGAUAUGUAUACGCAUCAGGACCAGUACCAGAGCCCUGAGAACAAAGCCCUGCUGGAGAACAUCAAACAAGCUGUGCAGGGCAUCCAAGUGUAGCUCCCUGAGCCACUGCCUCGUUUUUUUUUUUAAAGGGCUUGCAUUAAGCAAGUACUGAUAAGCAAAAAGAAAGAAAAACGAAACAAGGAAAAAAGAAAAAAAAACAACAACAACAUGUAAAAAGUAUGGAUAAUGAUUAUGAUUUUUGCUGCUGUAAUUAAUUGUAUUAUCUUUCAUUAUUUAUGAUUCUGUUAUGCUUUUGA